UACACUAAUGCAAGCGACGUGCUCUUCGGGUUGAUCGAUGACAGCCACGGGACUGGCAAAGGGUCGGAGGCGCUCGUUCCCUGUCGCCUGCUACUGGAGCCGGAGGACACCCUCGCCGCCGCAACGGCGAAGAUCGCUCAAUUCCAGGAUCUAGUCCCCUCAUUAGAGCAGAUCGGUCUGACCGAGCUGCGCACCAUGAGCCCCGACGCCGCGAAGAUUGGCACUUUCAACAACCUGCUCGUUAUCCGGCGGGGAGCAGUUGGCAGUCGUGUUACGAGCUUCCUCGACCCAAAUGGCCAUCCCUACGCCUUGACGAUCAUCUGCACCGUGGAGUCUGACAGGAUGUCGAACCACGCGCAGUUUGAUCGUCAUGUUUUGGAAGAGUUCGUGGUGGACUCGAUGCUGGAUCAAUUGGCCUCUGCCUUCGACUGCGCGCGGGAUGGUAGCGCCUCGCAGGUCCGAGAGCUUCGGGCGAUUAAUCUCAGCGAUAUGCAGAAGAUCCGGGAUUGGAACGAUCGUAUCUCCCUCCCGGAGAAAGGAACUACAUGCAUUCAUCAUCUCGUCGAGCGCCGGUGCCGGCAGCGGCCGUCGGCCCCCGCCGUGUGCGCGUGGGACGGCGAAUUGACAUAUGAAGAGCUGAACCAGCGAGCCUCUCGUCUGGCACGCCAGCUAGUGGUGCACCACGCCGUGAGACCAGACCGGCUCGUCUUCAUCCUGACGGACCGGUCCAUGUGGACGACGAUUGCGGUGCUCGGGGCCCUCAAGGCCGGGGCGGGCAUCGCGUUCCUGGACCCGUCUCAGCCCACGCAUCGACUUGUCACUAUCUGCAGCAAAGCAGAUGCCCACUUGAUCCUGUCUGUUGAUAAGCAUGCUUCUAAGGCCAGGCAUUUGGGACCUCCUGUGGUGACAUUCGCGGAGAUAGACAGCUACCUUGUGACAGACAACGAGGAAGAAGAAUUCCACCCACCCACCAUGCAAGGCCAUCAUGUCGCCUACGCAACUUUUACAUCCGGCUCCACCGGAGAGCCCAAGGGUGUCCUGAUCGAACACGCAGCCUUCACCUGCAACUACACCCGGUAUUGUGAGUUAUCGGAUCUGACAAGUGAUUCCCGGGUGCUGCACGGCGCAUCGUACGGAUUCGUCGUCAGCAUCCUCGAGAAUCUCCUGACCCUUUCAGUGGGCGGCUGCGUCUGCAUUCCCUCCGACUCGGAGCUACAGGAAUCCGUCGCGGCCGCGAUGCAAAGAUACCGCGUCACCUGGACAAUGAUGACGCCCUCCGUGGCCAGGACCAUUGACCCUGCCGCAACCCCAUCUGUAAAAUCGGUUUUGCUGGCAGGCGAACCGAUGGGACGGGGUGACCUGCGCCAAUGGGCCGGCCAUGCCGCUGUCUACAACCUGUACGCGCAGUCGGAGUUUUGUACCGCCAUUACCUUGGCUAGAAAGUCUGAUGCUGAAGGGGAGGACGGACCUAGUACCCUUGGACCGGCUGUGGGUUGCCAUGCUUGGGUGGUGGAUCCCCAAGAUCAUGAUCAAUUGAUGCCCAUUGGGGCAGAGGGGGAGCUGGUUGUUUCGGGUCCCUCAAUGUUUCGAGGCUAUGUAAACAACCCCGACCAGACGAGCGCAGCAUUGAUCGGGGAUCCAAGCUGGAUGCGACCGCAAGAGAUCGGAACGGGCCUGCAGCUGCUCAAAACAGGCGAUCUGGUCCGCUACAACUCCAGUACUGGAUCACUGGAGUUCCGCGGCCGCAAGGGCAAUCGAGUGAAGAUUCGUGGACAGCGAAUCGAGCUGGGAGAAGUCGAGUUCCAUCUACGCACACACUUUCCGGGCUCCGGGAAUCUGGUCGUCGAUCUCGUGCAUCCCGUUGAUGAGAGUGCUGAGCAGCAUCUGAUCCUAGUGGCCUUUGUCCUGACGAGCGCAAAGGAGAAGAUCCAACGGAAUGCCACCGCCGUCUUCGGGGCACCGACACCGGAGUUUCGUCUCCAGGUACAACGUACCUUGACAGAGUUGCGCAAGGUCCUUCCAGGGUAUAUGGUUCCCUCGGCCUUUGUGGCUGUCACAACCUUUCCUCGUACCGUAUCCGGAAAACUGAGUCGCGCUGCUCUGUGUGAGGCCGCGUCGGGAUUAUCUCGAAAGCAACUGGCCAGCUAUACCACCGCUCCGAAGUCCUAUCGGUCGCCUGCUACGGAACCCGAGCGCGUGUUGCAGGCCGUUUGUGCGGAGCUGCUGGGCCUCCACCUGUCCUCCGUGGGCAUGGACGAUAACUUUAUAGAUCUGGGGGGUGACUCUCUCUCUGCCCGGCGGCUGGUGGCCAUGGUGCGUGCCGAAGGCUGGGGCCUGUCCCUUGUAGAUUGUCUUAGCGAGCCUACUCUGAGCCACCUGGCACUGCGCGUGCAGCAGCCAAGCUCAGACGACAUGGACCCAAGCCCUCCAACAGCUGCCCAAGACCCGUUCGAGUCAAUUAAGGAAGAAUUCCUCCGCAACCUGCCCGAGGGCCUAAACCCGGACCUCGUCGAAGACGUCCUACCUGCCAGAGAAAUCCAGGGUCUGUAUUCCCAAGAAGAGAUCCAAGACUAUCUUCUCUGGCAGCUCACCGGCCCGUUCGAUACAAGUCAACUGCGUCAGGCAUGUGAAGCCCUUAUCCGAAAGCAUCCGAUUCUCCGAACCAUCUUCCUCCCAUACCAGGACCAAUGCAUGCAGAUCGUGCUGCGCGACAUCAAUCUCCCCUUCGAGGUCGUGCAUUCCACUAGUGGGAGCCAAAGCCUGGAUAUGAUCGCCCGCUCGCUCGCAAUGCAAGACCGCCAAAUCCGGUACCAGACCACUCAGCCCAUCGUCAAAUUCACCCUCAUCCAAGCCCAAGACAGCCACAAAGCAGAGCCCCCUAUUCUAAUCAUGCGCCUCAGCCACGCGCAGUACGACGGCCUCUCCCUUCGCCCUUUACUCCACCACCUGGCGAACCUCUACACCGCUACGGCGCAGCCACUCCGCACCGACUACGCAGACUACACCCGCCGAUGCCGGCAACUCCGCACCCCACAAGCCCUAACCUUCUGGCGCACUCUCCUCGAGGGAUCAAUCCUCACAAGCCUCCACCUUCCCCAACCCUCCCCGGACCCAUCACGGCCGCACCCAGCAGAAGACAAAACCCUACACCUCACGCGCACAGUCCCGCUACCCUCCCCGCUACCGCAGGGAAUCACAACAGCCACCCUCAUCAAAGCCGCCUGGGCCGCCGCGCUACACCAAGAGACCCACUCCCAAGAUAUCGUCUUUGCCCAGCUCGUCAACGCCCGGGACAUCGACCUCCCCGACCUCGACACCCUGAUCGGGCCCUGCCUGAACAUCAUCCCCGUCCGCGUCGGCUUCCCUCCUUCCCCGGCUACUCCCGACACCUCAAAGAAGGGGGCGCAUGCCCUGCUUACCACCGUGCAAGCCCAACACGCCCACUCCCUGGAAUAUAGCACCUGCCAAUGGCAAGAGAUCGUCACCCAGUGCACUGAUUGGGCGAGGAAUGGUGGAACGAGUACAGUGAGCUCGAUCGUGCUGCACGAGAACUUCGACGCCAAGCCCGAGGUGGAUCUGGGUGGCGGGCGGAGGUGGAAGAUGCUGUCGCCCAUCCUCUCGAAUCCGCCGGAUCAGACCAUCUUUUUGACGACGUGGCCCGAGCGGGAUGUGCUUUCGGUGAUGUUUUCGGUGUCGAGUCGGUGGGUUCGAAGGGAGGAUGCGGAGCGGUUGGUGGAGCGGUUUUGUGGGAAUUUGGCGGGGUUU